AUGACUUACCAUGAAAUGUACAGAAGCACUACACUGGGGACAACCCUUCGUGAAGCCCUAGAUGAAAUGCUAGCACAUAAUUUGUUACAACCUGGAAUGGAUCAUAAGGUAAUGCAGAAGUUCGAUCAAUGCAUAAGUAAUGCUUUGGCAAAGCGUGUUAAAAAUCGACUUUCGCUUCGUGGUCAUCUGAACACUUACAGAAACUGCGACAAUGUAUGGACUUUAGUGAUGAAUGAUGUGGAAAUAAAGGAUUCUUCUGCUAUUAUGACAGUUGAUAAGAUAAAAAUAGUUGCUUGUGAAGGCAAGAAUGCUAAACCAGCCUCCUCAAAAUUAGUUCCCCCCUCAGCCAAUGAUCGCUCAAGGAUAGGUGCUGGUAUCGGUGGCGAAGAUAAUGAACAACCUGAAGCUUUUGGUUCUGGAGAUGAAAUUUAA